CGCACUGUGUGGCUCCUCGUUGUGGGGCGGUACUGGCGUCUGCGCCCCGGUAGCUUUUUAUUUAUUUAUCUUUUUUUUCCUUCCAUUAAACCAAAACAAAAGUACAGACUGCGCCUGUUCGCUUAUAUCCAGUAACAGGGACAGUUUUUAUUCGUCUCCUCACCGUAAACAGUAGACUGUUGUUGCCUCUGGAGGUGCCAGUGGGAUUUCUAUUAUCCUGAAUUUCGCAUUGGGAAUCGUCAGAAAGCCGGACCUUAUUUGGAGCCCUCUGGAGUCAUUUAUCAUUUCUGGGAAUAAACCUGUGGAUUUUAUGAGCCUAAACAUGGAGUUCGAUUGUUACCAGCACUAUUUUUUCGACGAUUUCGACACCGAGGAGGAUUUUUACAAAUCAACUGCACCAAGCGAGGACAUAUGGAAAAAGUUCGAGCUGCUGCCCACCCCUCCCAUGUCUCCCACCCGGACUCUGAGCGGUGCCGCUCCGCACCUAUCGCCAGGAGACAAGCUCAGCUGGCUGACCAAAGUGCUGGGUCAAGACGAGGACUGUGAGGGGCAGGUCAUCCCCGACAGGGGCGAAUUAUUCGGAAACCUCAGCGCGCACAUAAUCCAGGACUGCAUGUGGAGUAGUUUCUCUGCCAGCAAGCAGCUGGAGACGGUCAGCGGGAAAGGGUCCCCGGCGGCUCAGAUCUCAGUUCGGCCGAGCAAAGCGCAGUGCGCAUCGCCGGGUGGACUCGUCUCCGCGGCAACAGACUGCGUCGACCCUGCCGCCGUCCUCACCUUCCCAACAAGCAGCUGCAGAAAGCCUGCGUCGUCUGGCUCGGAGUCUCGCUCUGAUUCAUCUGAUGAUGAAGAGGAAAUUGAUGUAGUCACUGUGGAGAGUAAGCAGAACCGGAUGCGACUGGUCCGAAAACCAGUAACCAUCUCAGUCCGGGCUGAUCCCUGCCCCAAACGCUUCCACAUGUCUGUCCACAGGCAGCAGCACAACUAUGCAGCUCCAUCCCCAGACAGCGACCAAGAACCUGAGGAAGAUGAAGACGAUGACUCUGAGGAAGAGCCUCAGAGCAAGCGCACCUGCACAGCAUCCCACCAGCAGCUAAAUUCUCAAUCCUUUUCGGAUUCUCCCCUGAACUCAGACACAGAAGACACAGACCGCAGGCGGAACCACAACUUCCUGGAGAGGAAGAGGAGGAAUGACCUGCGAUCUCGUUUUCUCGCCUUACGGGAUGAGAUCCCAGGCCUGGAAUCUGCUAAGACUCCAAAGGUGGUCAUCUUGACCCAGGCAACAGAGUACCUUGUGGAGCUGCACACCAGAGAAAAACAGCAGCUGCAGGAGAAGAAGCGCCUCAAAUCCAGACAACAGCAGCUUCUCCGCAGAUUAACCGAACUCAAGCGUUCUUGAAACUCAAGUGUGCAUGUAAAAAAACUGCCUAACUAACAGUCAAGAACUUAAGUCAAAUUAUCCGUCACUUUGAAAAACUAUCAUAGUAUACUAUAAUAGUAUAUGCCUCAAUGUAAAUAGUUGUGAAUGGCUGGGCUUUUCUGUGAAUCAGCUGUGUUCCCCUGUGAACCUACUGUGGGAAGGUGCAGUUGUAUUAUUGUGCUGUUUAAUUUUUCCUUUGCACAUUUUUUUUUUAUUUUUAGAGCUAAAACAAAUAUAUUUCCUGGUGUGCUCUAAUGUGAAAUUAUGCAUAAAACCUUCACUGGUCCACUAGUGAAGUUUUCCAGAUUUGUUUAAGGACUCGAUGUAUACAUUUUUUAUGUAAAUAAUAGCUUAUUGCUCCUGGUGAAGGAGACGGAACAGAGUUGUGAGAACUGAGACUUUGCUCAACUGUGCCACAAAUUUUUUUUGUUGUUUUUUUUUUUUUUUAAAUGGGGGAAAAAUGACAAAAAAAAGGACAAAAGUAGCACUACUGUACUUUAUACUCACACGCCACUUUGUGAUUUCAAUACUUUCUGGAUUUCUUGUUUGUGUUUUUAAAGCAUGCUAAUCUCAACAGCAUCAUUAAAUUUUUAUACCAGUUU